CUUCAUUUUCCAGCUCAUUGACCACCCAGAGGGGGAGGGAAAAUGGAUGGGAUUCUGGUCAAGUCCUUCCUGCCACUACCAUGUGGCCAAGGUCACAGGCCAAUGAUGUCCAGAGGGAGUUUAGGGGCACUGUUCUAGGCCCCAAGGAUUGAGCAAUGAAGAGGACAGGAAAGGUUCUUUCCUUCAUGCUGAUUAUACACUAAAUGUGGAGACAAGCAAUGAAAAAUAAGAAGAUACAUGCAUAUGCUCGAGAGGAGAACGUGGCCACGUUCCGAGGCUCUGAGUACCUGUGCUACGACCUGUCUCAGAACCCGAUCCAGAGCAGCAGUGAUGAAAUCACCCUCUCCUUUAAGACCUGGCAGCGGAAUGGGCUCAUCCUGCACACGGGCAAGUCGGCUGACUAUGUCAACCUGGCUCUGAAGGAUGGCGCGGUCUCCUUGGUCAUUAACCUGGGGUCCGGGGCCUUUGAGGCCAUUGUGGAGCCAGUGAAUGGAAAAUUCAACGACAACGCCUGGCACGAUGUCAAAGUGACACGCAACCUUCGGCAGGUGACAAUCUCUGUGGAUGGCAUCCUUACCACAACGGGCUACACUCAGGAGGACUACACCAUGCUGGGCUCGGAUGACUUCUUCUACGUGGGAGGAAGCCCAAGUACCGCUGACUUGCCAGGCUCACCCGUCAGCAACAACUUUAUGGGCUGCCUUAAAGAGGUUGUUUAUAAGAAUAAUGACAUCCGUCUGGAGCUGUCUCGCCUGGCCCGGAUUGGGGACACCAAGAUGAAGAUCUAUGGGGAAGUUGUAUUCAAGUGUGAGAAUGUGGCCACGCUGGACCCCAUCAACUUCGAGACCCCAGAGGCGUACAUCAGUUUGCCCAAGUGGAACACCAAACGCAUGGGUUCCAUCUCCUUUGACUUCCGCACCACUGAGCCCAACGGCCUGAUCCUCUUCACUCACGGCAAGCCCCAAGAGAGGAAGGAUGCUCGGAGCCAGAAGAACACCAAGGUGGACUUCUUUGCUGUGGAACUCCUCGAUGGCAACCUCUACCUGCUGCUUGACAUGGGCUCAGGCACCAUCAAAGUGAAGGCCACUCAGAAGAAAGCCAACGAUGGGGAAUGGUACCAUGUGGACAUUCAGCGAGAUGGCAGAUCAGGUACCAUAUCAGUGAACAGCAGGCGCACGCCAUUCACUGCCAGCGGGGAGAGUGAGAUCCUGGACCUGGAGGGGGACAUGUACCUGGGCGGGCUGCCAGAGAACCGUGCUGGCCUCAUCCUCCCCACCGAGCUCUGGACUGCCAUGCUCAACUACGGCUAUGUGGGCUGCAUCCGUGACCUGUUCAUCGACGGGCGCAGCAAGAACAUCCGGCAGCUGGCGGAGAUGCAGAACGCUGCGGGCGUCAAGUCCUCCUGUUCACGGAUGAGCGCUAAGCAGUGUGACAGCUACCCCUGCAAGAACAAUGCUGUGUGCAAGGACGGCUGGAACCGCUUCAUCUGCGACUGCACCGGCACAGGCUACUGGGGAAGGACCUGUGAAAGGGAGGCGUCCAUCUUGAGCUAUGAUGGCAGCAUGUACAUGAAGAUCAUCAUGCCCAUGGUCAUGCACACUGAGGCAGAGGAUGUGUCCUUCCGCUUCAUGUCCCAGCGAGCUUAUGGGCUGCUGGUGGCUACUACCUCCAGGGACUCUGCGGACACCCUGCGUUUGGAGCUGGAUGGGGGGCGUGUCAAGCUCAUGGUUAACUUAGGCAAAGGACCUGAGACCCUGUAUGCGGGGCAGAAGCUCAAUGACAAUGAAUGGCACACCGUUCGGGUGGUGCGGAGAGGAAAAAGCCUUAAAUUAACUGUGGAUGAUGAUGUGGCUGAGGGUACAAUGGUGGGGGACCAUACCCGCUUGGAAUUCCACAAUAUCGAGACUGGAAUCAUGACUGAGAAACGCUACAUCUCCGUUGUCCCCUCCAGUUUCAUUGGGCACUUGCAGAGCCUCAUGUUCAAUGGCCUGCUCUACAUUGACUUGUGCAAAAAUGGUGACAUUGAUUACUGUGAGCUGAAGGCACGUUUUGGACUGAGGAACAUCAUUGCUGACCCUGUCACCUUCAAGACCAAGAGCAGCUACCUGAGCCUGGCCACCCUCCAGGCAUACACCUCUAUGCACCUCUUCUUCCAGUUCAAGACCACCUCAGCUGAUGGCUUCAUCCUCUUCAACAGUGGUGAUGGCAAUGACUUCAUUGCAGUUGAGCUAGUCAAGGGGUACAUACACUAUGUGUUUGACCUCGGGAAUGGUCCCAAUGUGAUCAAGGGCAACAGUGACCGCCCCCUGAAUGACAACCAGUGGCACAACGUCGUCAUCACCCGAGACAACAGUAACACCCACAGUUUGAAAGUGGACACUAAAGUGGUCACUCAGGUUAUCAAUGGUGCCAAAAAUCUGGAUUUGAAAGGUGACCUCUACAUGGCGGGUCUGGCCCAAGGCAUGUACAGCAACCUUCCAAAAUUGGUGGCUUCCCGGGAUGGCUUUCAGGGAUGUCUGGCCUCGGUGGAUUUGAAUGGGCGUCUGCCAGACCUCAUCAAUGACGCCCUCCAUCGGAGUGGACAGAUAGAACGUGGCUGUGAAGGACCAAGUACCACCUGCCAGGAAGAUUCAUGUGCCAACCAGGGGGUCUGCAUGCAGCAGUGGGAAGGCUUCACCUGUGACUGUUCCAUGACAUCAUAUUCUGGAAACCAGUGCAAUGAUCCUGGCGCUACGUACAUCUUUGGGAAAAGCGGAGGCCUCAUCCUCUACACCUGGCCGGCCAAUGAUAGGCCCAGCACCCGCUCUGACCGCCUUGCCGUGGGCUUCAGCACCACUGUGAAGGAUGGCAUCUUGGUGCGCAUCGACAGCGCUCCGGGUCUCGGUGACUUCCUCCAGCUUCACAUAGUGAGUACUGGGCCUUGGCCUGGAUUUCCUUGUCUUCCUGGUGGUGAAGGCACAGAGUGGGAUUUUAUUGCCUGUCUCUGGAGUGGAGGUGGCUGGCUGGAAGCACCAGCAGCCAGUUCAGCCCUGCAAGCACUGCCCAUCUCCAACACCUGCCCUUCCAACAUGCCUUGGAAACAGGAGCAGCUUGAAGUCUAA